AUGCUCCGCACCGUGCCAUGCCCCACUCGUCGCAUCGCAUCCCACGCGCUGCACGCCACUCUCACUCACUCACACUUCCAAAACGCACUCUCACGCCGCCCUCUCUCAGCAACUCUCAAGCACCCCUCUCUCGGUCGCCCAUCAUCCCCUACACCAGCCCUUCACAAUAAACGCAGCUUCCCACGUUGCUUCUCCCCUCUUUCCCCGCUUUCUCCCCCCACCAGCGUGUAUCCGUACUACGUGUCACUCAAGCUGGGGUCGAGGAAGCAGGAGUUCAGCAUGGCGCUCAACCUCAUCAUCCAAGACACCUUCGUGCCCUGCGACUGCCUGCACUGCGCCUCCAUGCGCAAGGGGACCACGAACAGCAAGCCCUUCAGCACGCUCGCCUCCACAACCCUCAAGUACAUCUCCUGCAGCGACCAGCGCUGCAUGACGGGCGUUGACAAUGGCUACUACGGCUGCAACACGGAUGGGCUCGGCAACUACCUCAACACCACGGGCCUGCUGCCUGGGGACGACGCUCUCUGCGUGUACAAUGCAAACGAUGGAGCCUACGACUACUACGAAGCAGACUAUAAUACGGGAUCGUACCUUCAGUCGGUGGGGCAUGUGGUGGAGGACACCCUCUACCUCACUGCACCUGAUGGUACCGAAGUCAACCGAUCCAUCGUUUUUGGUUGUGGAGUGAACCAGCAGGGCUACUGGGGCAUGCAGGGGUGGCAGUACGGCUCGUGGGCAGCAGGAGGCGUGUUGGGGCUGGGGUGGAACAGCCCCUUCCUCUGGCAACUCACCGGCAUUAAUGACCCAAGCGCCUUCGCGGUGUGCCUCGAGGCCACCCCCACGAACAAUACGGGGUGGGAUGGCAAGGUGCCGCUGCAGACAGGCAGCAGCCAUCUCACCAUCGGAGCCACCGGCCUCCCUGCCGGCGCCAACUACUCCAAUAUGUCAUAUGAGUUCGGUGUGCAAUACACCCAGAUCACAAUAAGCAACGCCACGCACACCCUCCACAUCAAAGACCAAGGCUGGGUAGACCCCGACCUGCCUGUUGACUUCCCUAAGAACGCCACGCCGGGCUUCUUCUUCAUGCCCGAGUCCUUCGUGCAUCUCCUGCGCUACCCUCUCUUCAUGGAUCUUCUCGAGAAGGCAGAGGAUCCGUUCACCACCUUCCCCACCAUCAACAUUGCUAUCCCCUCUUCAGACAACACCAGCGCCACCUCGCACUUCUAUCUCAAGCCGCGCGAGUACCUCGCCCAGAUUGCACCGCCUACUUACUGCGUUAUGGCCACGUAUCUUCCUGCCGACAGAAACUACUACAGCUACAUUGGAGAGCCAGGGCUGAUCAACAAGUACCUCUUCCUGGACUACACCAACGAGAUCGCAGGAUGGAUGGAUGCUCCUAACUGUGGAGCUGAGCCCCUGCUGCCGCCACCCUCCCCUCCUCCACCUCCCUCACCUGUUUCUAAAGGGGCCACUCGCUCUCUCUCCCUAGUGGCGGCAGCUCUGUCAGCUGUUGUUGUCCUUGUCACCUCUGCCGCCCUGCUUGCUCUUGGUCUCCUGUAG